AUGGCCGUUUGGGAAGCGGGUAGUGAAACUAAUCUACGGCUUAUGUGCUGCCCGCUUUGCAAGUAUGAUCGUGACUCAAGGAACCACCUCUUCUUUCAAUGUGUAUAUGCUUCAGAAGUUUGGAGGAAGGUCAAAAGCUUGGUUGAUAUGGAAGAUGUUACGGACUCAUGGGAUUCUAUCUUACAAUGGAUGGAUCUUAAUGCUCAUUCUAGAACUGCGGAGAGUAUUAUUUGCAGGAUUGUGGUUGCGGCCUCAACUUACUUUGUUUGGCAGGAAAGGAACAGUAGAUUAUUUAAUCAGAAUCAGCGAAGUGCUUCUGUACUUGCAAAGGUUAUCAUAGACACUGUUCGGCUCAAAAUAAUGGGGUUCCGGUUUGGUAGAUGUCCGAAGCAGCAGAAGAUCUUGGACAGGUGGCUGAUCUCGAAGAAGAACAUGGUUGCUGAUCCCGGCUAG